AUGGCGGCUAUAGACAAGAACCAACAGAGUAGUAUUGCCUUUUAUGAUGACUUGGUCGAAGAAUGUAUGAUGGAAGUACUGUUUGAAGCUCAUCGAGAAGCGAAAUUGGCCAAUGCUAUGUCGCUGCUAUGGUAUGAUCUUCAAGCACCAGGCCGAGACGUGUUUGGCCAGGAACUCCAAUCCAAAGUCUCUGAUGAAAAGAUCCCAUGUCCUAAAUGCACCAAGAUUGUUACUGCUAUGAAGUUUAUGGCGCAUCUGGAAGGGUGUCUUGGAUUGGCUGGUUUUGGGAGGCAGAGUGCACGGGCGGCUAGUCGAAGGAUUUAUGAUGCAGCUAAUGGUGGCUCGCAAUCAUCAGCUGGACGAGGAACGUCGUCAUCACCAUUCGGAGAUUCGGAUUCUGACAAGGAGGGGUCGACUACUAAUGAUAGGAAGCGAAAGAAGAAGACAAAGAAGAGCAAAAAUGAUGAUGAAUGGGAACCAAUGCCUACUGGGGAUAUGAGAAAUUCAAAGAGUCCAUCACCUGCCAAAGUGUCUAUGAAACUGAAACUACCAAACAGCAAACCUCCACGAACACAAGGAAUGGCACCUAUGCCAGCACGAACAGGAACACCAUCAUACGGGAUCUUACCCCCUUUAGAACCACUCGCAUCCAGAUCUGCAAGCCAACCAAUGAACCCUGUAACCCACCACCACCACAACUCAUCUCUCAACAUGCAGCGAUCAUCUUCAGUCUCAUCGGGUAUAAGUGCUAUAUCUUUGUCAUCAGCAUCAAAUGGAUCUCCUGCAAACCCGAUUGUUUUGGAUGGGCUGGAUGGGCAGCUUUUCAAGCAACCACAUGCUGAAGUUAUAGGAACUACUCCAAGCGCUUACGACUCUGGCUACGGAUACGACGAAACAUCACCAAUGUUUCCCAACUAUACGGCAGCUGGUGCCUCCUACUAUAACAACUUUCGAAUGCCUCCUCCCUAUUGGGCCGACCGAUUCGCCGCUCGCUAUGGAGCCUGUCCAUGCCCUCGCUGCUCAACAACAAAUGAAGUCGUUGCCGCAGCAUCUGAUGCACAAGUAAACGAUGUGGCUGGGAACUUGGCUGGACUGUCUAUGAAUGGUGCUACUACUGCUGCUGCUUCUGCUUCUACUGCUGGUGGUGCUGGCAAGGAUAAGGCCAGAGACUCUGAACGCUGCUCUGACGAUGAAUGGGACGACUAUACCUUCGGACCACCAUGUCAUGGACGUGGUGGGCCUUGGGGUCGUGGAGGUCCUCAUCACCAUCAUCCUGGCCGUGGUGGUAGAGGCUUCGGUCAUCGAGGCUUUGGCUUCCCAGGACAUCAUCAUGGUCAUCAUAUGCCACCUUAUGGACCACCACCACCACAUCACUUCCCUCAUCAUCCAGCACCUGAAUUCCCUCCAUAUCUAGUUGAAGCCCUCCACCGAUAUAUGGCCGAACACAUGCAGUCACAGCAGCCACCUCACGGUCGUCAUCAUCACCAUCAUGGUCGAGGAGGGCCAUUCCAUUUUGGACAUCGAGGUGGGCAUCGUCAUAGCCAAUCGGCUUCUCCAUCUGCUGCUGCUGAUGUAUCUGGUCAAUCAGAAGCCAAGUAA